GCUUGCUCCUGUUAGUUUAUUUCAUAGGCAAAAUUGAAUGUCGUGCCGGCGCGUGUUGCUUGCUAUUGGGGUCUUACUUAACAGGAAGAAGAUAGGGCAGGCAGGCCGGCCCAUCUUAAAGCCCAUCCCGUCUCGAUCUCACGCCAACAGCAACAACAGGUACAAGUCCGUCCGCCGCCGCCGCCGAGAGCGAGAGAUGGAGAUGGAUCCCCCUCGGCUGGGCAUGGGCGCGUACUCCGGCCCCGUCCGCCCGGUCGGGGACGGGGACGGCGGCGCCGCGGGCGAGACGAUGCUGCUCUGGGCCCUCGGCCAGCCGGCAGCGCAGCGCCACAACGCCUUCGUCCGCCACGGCGCGCACUCCCUCACCCUCGACGCCUGCGGCCGCCGUCUCUCCCUGCUCCAGUCCCCGUCCUCCAUGUCCACGCCCGGCGUCACCGGCGCCGUUGUGUGGGACAGCGGCGUCGUCCUCGCCAAGUUCCUCGAGCACGCCGUCGACUCGGGCCUCCUUACCCUCCGGGCCGCGCGGGCGCUCGAGCUGGGAGCGGGCUGCGGCCUUGCUGGCUGCGUCGCCGCGCUCCUCGGAGCCCACGUGCUGCUCACCGACCUCCCUGACCGCCUCAAGCUCCUCAGGAAGAAUAUCGACCUCAACGUCGGGGACGACGCAAGGGGCUCUGCUCGGGUCGCCCAACUCGUCUGGGCUGAUGAUCCUCACCCGGACUUGCUCAACCCACCUCUAGAUUACGUGCUUGGGUCGGACGUGAUCUACAGCGAGGAGGCAGUGGAUGAUCUGCUGCUCACCCUCAAGCACCUCUCAGCCCCUCACACCACCAUCAUCCUCGCAGCAGAACUCCGCAAUGAUGCUGUACUGGAGUGCUUCUUGGAGGCAGCAAUGGCGGACUUCCAAGUCGGCUGCAUCGAGCAACAGCAAUGGCACCCAGAUUUCCGCUCUACACGUGUUGCCUUGUUCAUCUUGCUCAAGAAACCACCUUCCCAACCGGACGUGCUGCUCUAGCUCCAAAUUUUGGGCGUCCCUCAUCGAAAGCUGAAUUGUAGCGGAGUACCAGCAUUUACUCCAUCCUUUGUUCUGGACUCUGGAGUUUAAUUUUACACCUUUUGCAUGUAUGGAAUUAGGGGGUCAAAACUGUACGCUUUUGUUUUCUCCUAUUGAUUACGUGCACUUCGGAAAUGAAAUUGAAAAUUGUAGAGACACCAUUUAAUCGGUCUACUCCUUUUAUAUAUAUAGGAUUUUUAAGACAAAAUA